AUGGAGUUUGACUUCGUGGAGUACGGCUCGCUUUCGCCAUUCACGCAGCAGACGGUGGUGUCAGGUAUCGGCAGGGACGUGUGCCGGCGCCUGAUGGACGACCCGGGAGUUCGCUACCUCAUAGACUCCCGGCAGCGGACGUACGACCUGCUCAUCACGGAGGGCUUCUUCUACGUCUGCUUCCUCGCCUUCUCGCACAAGUACCGGGCGCCGACCGUGCUCACGUGCGCCUUCGGCGGCGGCGGCAGCUGGAACAACCAUCCGAUGGGCAACCCGUACCCUCUGGCGUACUUGCCCGAGGCCGGCUUGGCCUACAGCAGCAGCAUGAGCCUCUUCCAGAAGACCUACAACACCCUGUUCUCGCUCGCGAUCAACCUACACCGAGUCCUCGUCUACUUCCCAGUCAUGGACGAGAUGGACCUGCAGGAGUUCAUGGACGCUGCCGCUGAGGGUGUGAUCUACUUCAGCAUGGGCAGCAACGUGAAGAGCACGGACCUGUCGGAGGAGGUGCGCGCCGUCUUCCUGAAGACGUUCGCACGGCUGAGGCAGAAGGUGCUCUGGAAGUUGGAGGGCGACUCGCUUCCGAACCAGCCGGCCAACCUCAGGAUCAGCAGUUGGUUUCCGCAGAGCGAUCUGCUCGGCGUGGCUGUUGCAGCUCACAGGAACAUGCGUCUCUUCAUCACGCACGGCGGCAUGGUGAGAGUGCUGGAGGCACUGUACGCUGGCGUCCCACUGCUCGGCUUCCCCAUAUUUGGCGACCAGGUGUGGAACCUCCUCAGGGCCCGCGACUCGGGCUAUGGUCUGGUGCUCCACCUCCGCAACAUCACGCAGGAGUCGUUCGACUGGGCCGUCAAUGAGCUGAUGACUGACCCGAGGUACGCGGAGAACGCGCGGAAGUUGUCGCGGCUGUUCCACGACCGGCCGGAGCCGCCGCUGGAGACGGCGGUGCGCUCGGUGCAGUAG